AUGCCUCCAAAGCGAAAGGACGAAGCAAUCACGACCGCGAAGCCUGCUAAGAGAGUUAAGACAGGCGGCACCUCUACACGCACACAUCCUCUCAAUAAGCCGGCCGGCGAUGAGACACCCGCCAACAGCAACGUCAAGAAGAGAAAGCCCCAACGACGACUCUAUCAAAGCCCACAACCAACCACAGCUACGGUAGAUGGUACAGCGUCCUCUCCAUUCAUGGCCCUGCCAACCGAACUGCGCUGCCAAAUCUACAACUACCUAGCAGACAUCGUCUACGAUCCCGUUUUCCCCGAGCCGGGCAUCUGCAGCUGGGAAGUAUGUCGGAUGCCCACCGCACUCCUUCAACUCAACAAGACUAUAUACGAAGAAGUGAAGCAUCCCGCGGUGCAGAAGCCGUUACAGAAAGUCAACGACGAGCUUGCGCCCAAGAUGAUCCUCGGCCCGACGCGCGCUGAGAUAGACCCUGUGUAUGUCGCGCUCUCGGAUACUUUUCAUCUCGCCGGCAAGCAACUGCGUACGUGCCUGGAUGGACCACAAAAGCACAGUACCGCGGUCAAAUACGUCAGUCUGAAGAUUGCGUCUUGGUACAACGAUACGUAUCUACCGCAGCAAGUACAAAACGGGAGUAUGAAGGCUUCCAGUGCCCAGAUCAAGUGCAAGACCAAGCACUUGCACAAGUUUGUGAAACAGACUUUGAGAAGAAUGGCGCUGAGGAACAUCUGCGAGAUUCGGAUUCGACUCCUAAGCCACCCACUGGGACCGCUACACAAGCGAAAAUUUGGGAUCGGUGCUCCAUUCUGUGACCACACGGAGUACGAAAGAUUGGCCGCGAAAGACAAUAUGCGGAAAGCGCUGAGUGUCGGGAUGAAGCGCGAACUUAAGACCGUGUACCCGUCACAACACGCACAUGUCAACCACACAAGUAUCCUGACUAUGAUGUCGAACGGCUAUCUAGCACAUGGGAUGACCAUCAAGUUCUCGGUGGCACGCGCGAGAGAUCGGCGCUUGUUCGACAGGGCCAAGUCACUCUGUUAA